AUGGCUCAAGGUUUGAACCCUGAAGCACCUCAUUAUAUACCACUAUCUCACAGAUCACCUCCUCCAAUCACCUACUCAGACCUUCCACCUCCUCCUCCACUUCACAAUCUUUCUAUUCUUCCACUUUUCUCACCUUCCACCACACCAACCUUCUUUUACCAUUCUCCACCACCACCACCACCACCACCACCACCUCCUCACUUCUCCACCGCUCAACCUCUCUACACCACCACCAUCACCUACCCCAUUCAACCGCAUCACCCUCACCUACUGCCGCCGCCGCCGCCGCCGCAUACGGCGGAGCAAUCUCGUGAGGUGCGACGAGAAGAGGCGGCGAAUGAGAGAGUUGGGCGGUGUGAAACUGAAUGGAGGCCUAAGAAGGGUGGACAUAGCCAAAGAGAGGGUGCUACUACUCGGGCUCGGAACCCUACUAAAUUUGGGAAUAAUCGUAAUGAUAAGAACCAGGUGGUGCAUAAGAAGGUGGGAAGUAGUAGUAGGGUUUUUUUGAACAAACACGAUGUACUUCCUCUUGAAGAUGACAAAACAACUACCACUGUCAUGAUCAAGAACAUACCCAAGGAGUACAAUCGUGAAAUGAUAUUGAAAUUUCUUGACGAGCACUGUAAUUUGGAAAAUCAAAGGAGGACUUCUGGUGAAGCAGCAGAUGAUGUCGUCUCAGCUUACGAUUUUAUGUAUUUGCCGAUGGAUUUCAGAUCUGGUUUUUCGAGAGGGUAUGCAUUUGUGAAUUUCACAGAAGCAAGAGCAGUGUGGAAGUUUCAUAAGGCGUGUAAUAGGAAAACAUGGGAUUUCGUCAAUUCGCCCAAGAUAUGCCAGAUUGUCUGCGCUAUUAUCCAGGGGAGGGAGGCAUUGGUGAGGCACUUCGAGAGGUCCACGUUUUGGUGCGGAUCGGAUGAGAUGCUCCCAGUAUGCUUCGCUCCACCCAGAGAUGGUUCUGGUGAAUCCGUACACGAAACCAAGAUUGGGAGGCGUAUUUCUACUACCAUCCCCACAUUCAGCGGCGUAUAA